AAAACAUAUUAUUUCCAAUAUGACUGGCUGGUCUAUCAGCAUAAACAAGCCGUGCCCCAGCUACUCCCUGGUCCGCUGUGUGUAUCUCCUGUGAGAGUCAGAGCUGGAAAGUUCCCUCUGUUUGGACAGUUGUUCAGUGAAGUAGUCACUCAGCAACCCUUUUCAACGAGCCAGCGGCUGUAGAGCCAUGUACCGGUUGCAGUGCAUCAUCCUUGUCUCCCUGUGCGCGUUGAUCUCUGGCUAUUCAGAAGAAGACAGGGUGCGCGAUCUGAUGUCUAGAUAUCCUCUUAUUGAUGGUCACAAUGAUCUUGCUCUUCAGCUGAGAAAACUCUAUAAUAACCAAGUGAACAAAAUAAACUUCAGUAACAUGAGCAAAAUUGCCACUGACAUCAGCCGCCUCGUGGCUGGGCAUGUCCAAGCACAGAUGUUUUCAGUGUAUGUGAUGUGUGGGGCUCAGGAGAAGGAUGCUGUGAGGCUGACCCUAGAGCAAAUAGAUGUGCUGAAACGAGUGUGCACACAGAAUCAAGACUUUGAGCUGGUCACAUCCACUCAGGAACUGAGAAACUCUCACAUGAAGCACAAGAUAGCUUGUAUGCUGAGUAUUGAGGGAGGCCACUCCAUUGACAGCAGCCUACCAGUUCUGCGAAUGUUUUACCAACUCGGGGUUCGGUCUAUGGCUCUCACACACACAUGCAACACGCCAUGGGCUGAAUCAUCCUCCAAAAGAUACAAUUUUUACCAAAGACAGAAUAACAGCUUGACAUCUUUUGGAAGAGCUGUGGUGGAAGAGAUGAACCGGCUGGGCAUGAUCAUAGACCUCUCCCACACUUCAUGGAGAACAGCUCAAGCAGUUCUAAAACUUUCAAAAGCCCCUGUGAUUUUCAGCCAUUCAUCUUCAUAUACUUUAUGCAACAAUGAUCGCAAUGUACCAGACUCGAUGUUGAAAGAACUGAAAAAGAAUCAGGGUCUGAUCAUGGUCAAUUUUCAUUCUAAUUUCAUUUCCUGUAAAAGGGAGGCAAACAUUUCUCUUGUGGCUGAUCAUUUUGAUCAUAUUAAGAAGAUCAUUGGUGCAGAUUCAAUAGGAAUUGGAAGCGACUUUGAGGGUGCCAUAAACUUUCCCAAGGGGUUAGAUGAUGUCUCAAAGUACCCCGCCUUGAUCCAGGAAUUACUGCAGAGGAACUGGACAGAGCAUGAAUUGGCAGACAUUCUUCGACAGAACUUCUUAAGAGUUUUUAAUAAGGUGGAAGAGGUGCGUGAUAAAAUGGUCACGGAGCCGCCCAGUGAGGUGCAGAUCAGCGUGGAGGAAGUGCAGAACCCCUGUAGACUAGUGCUGAGGCACCCAGACUCACCCUCCUCAUCAUCUGAGCAACAUUUACCAUCAACGCUGCACAUUCUUUUAGCUGCAGCCCCGCUUCUCUCUACUCUUUUUUUACUGUAAUGACCUCCAUACCACUAGAGAUUCAAAUAUAGACAGUUUGCAACUAUAAAUUCAUUAAAGUAUAGUCUUUGUUAAAUAGAA